AUGCGCUCGAGACUCUUGCGCAGACCCUAUUCCGAGUCUCGCUCGGACAAAGGCGACAUCCCAAUCAUGUCGAGUUCAAGCGCUAGCAAAAUCGCCUUUCUAGGCCUCAACGCCAUCCGACUGGUCUCUUUCGUCGUCAUCCUCCUCGUCUUUGCUACCCUGAUCAUGGGUUUAGUGGAGGACGUUCGCGACUAUUACAACGGUGCCAUCAUGGACGAAGCGGAAUCGGAAGACUGCGCAUAUGUCCCCGGCACAUCCAUCCCCAUGCAGACAUGGGGCAUCUUUUGGGUAGAGUUGCAUCGUGUGCUACUCUUGCUCGGCGUUGUAGCGCUCUUCUCUGCAGAGAUUAGCUGGUUUGGCAUCGCCAAGCUCGAACAUGCUGCUCAGGUUUGGUUCCCCGUUCUAAGCCGAACACGAGGUCUCGCGGUUCUUGGGGCAGUGCAUGUCGUCAUCGCAACCUCGAUGCUCAGCCAUUAUCUUGAUGAGUUCCCGCUUGUGGUCAGCUGGAUGUUGUUCGUCAUCGGCAUGCUGUACAUCUGCCUAGGACUUGCUUUCCAUCGCUAUUCGUUGAAGGAUGGCCGUAGCUUUUUCGCGUCGAAACGACAGCAAUUCGUCCGGGGCCAAGGUCGCGUGUAUCGUUCGUUGAUGCGUGAAAAGGACUACGGUGCCACCACUAGCACGCAAAAGCCCACCACGACGCUGCGCAAGCUCUUUAAGCGCAAAGGCGGGCAGGCUGUGUCGGUCCACGAAACGUUUCCUUCCCUCGAGACUUCGUCUCACAAGCAGGUGCUUGCAGAUCGAGCGAGGCGUACCGAGCAUCGCAGAAAGACCUCUAGCGUCGCCGUCGACAUGUCCAACGUCGAUGCGGACAGAACCUCCAUCACACGCGAUUUUGUCUGGAACGCGCGCGCCGGCGUAGUCCAUGAACGAGAUCCCAAUUCCAGCCUGUCUGGACAUCAUCACGACGACUCCCGGGAGAUGCGAAACGUCACCAACCAACGACGCGAUAGCGACGUGAGCCAUCAAUCUUGCAGUGGAGUCAGUAUUGCCAGCAGCACUCAGAUUCGAAUCGGUGGCUAUACUUCGACAGAGGCAGCUCGUGCCCGAGAACGGGCGAGGAGGCGACGCGCCGCAGGCAGCAACAACGAAACACACCAUCCACCUCCAUCGAAGAGCACGGGUCAGAGCAGCAAGAUUUCCAAGAUCAAGAGUGCCAAGCGACGCAGCAUGGCUCUCGUCCAUACAGCUCGAAACCGCCUGAGUGCCGGCACGGCUUCGGCACUAGCGGCGAGGAGGAGGAACGCAGCUGCUGCGAAAAGCAAAGGCAUCUCGAACGCGGAAACCGACAUCGUGAUAGAAUACAUCGACGACGAAGACACAGCUCCGCCAGUGCCGCCUCUCCCGGCUUAUCAUCAAGCGACACGACCGACCGAUGAGAUGGCGGAACUGCCUGUUGCGGCCCGCUUUGCGCGUGAUCAUGUAGUAUAG